GUCAAACCAAACUAGCAACACAAGUGAAGCAAGAGAGCGAGAGUGAGGUCGAUCCCCAUGGACGCCGCAACGGGGGCCAUGGGCUCCCUCAUCCCUAAGCUACUGGAGCUUCUCAAGGAGGAGUACAGGAUUCAGACCCGCGUGAAGAAGGACGUCGAGUUUCUUCAGAGGGAGAUGAAGAGCAUGGAGGCCGCCCUCCGCAAAGUGGCCAUUGUGCCCCGUGACCAGCUCGACGAGCAGGUCAAGAUCUGGGCCAACGAUGUCAGGGAGCUGUCAUACGAGAUGGAGGAUCUCGUCGAUAGCUUCCUGGUGCGCGUCGAGUCACCCGCGGCAGAUCAAGAUACCUUCAAGGGGCUAAUGAAGAAGAUGGCUAACUUGCUGAAAAAAGGCAAGACUCGCCACAAGAUCGCCGACGCUGUCAAACACAUCAAAGAUCAGGUCCAAGAGGUGGCUUCCCGGCGUGACAGGUACAAGGUAGAUAGUGUUGCUGCUAAUCAAGAAACUACAUCUGCAGUUGACCCUCGUAUGCUAGCUCUAUUCAAAGACCAGAGGGAUCUCGUUGGCAUCGAGGGGCCAAGGGAAGACCUCAUCAAGAGGCUCACGGAUGGAGACGAUGUUGCAUCCGAGCACCCGCUCAAGAUACUCUCCAUCUGUGGAUUUGGAGGACUUGGCAAGACGACUCUGGCCAAAGCCGUGUAUGAUGUGCUUAGGCCGCAGUUUCAUUCGGGGGCUUUUGUCUCGGUUGGUCGCGCUCCUAACGUGAAGAAAGUCUUGAAGGAAAUCAUAUAUGAAAUAGACAUGAAUGAGUAUGGGGCUAUUCAGGCGGCAACACUGGAUGAAACACAACUCAUCAAGCAAAUCAGUAGAUUGCUUCAGAAGAAGAGGUACUUCAUUGUUAUUGAUGAUAUAUGGGAUAUAAGGUCAUGGGAAAUAAUCACUUGUGCUUUGAAGAAUAAUUGUUGUGGAAGUAUAAUAAUUGCAACUACUCGUAUUUUUGAAGUCGCCAGCACAGCCGGUUAUGCUUACAAGCUAGAACCACUUGGUUUUAAUAGAUCCAAGGAAUUAUUCUAUAAACGGUUAUCAAUCGGUAAAGGAAAAAACACCUGCGCUCAAUCGAUUGAUCUAUCUGAAAAGAUUUUACAUAAAUGUGGUGGUGUACCAUUAGCUAUCAUCACUGUGGCAAGCUUGUUGGCUGAUAAACCAAGGGAGGCUUGGUCUGAGGUAUACAACUCGAUUGGUUUUGGGGAUGGAGAUAACAUACAGGUAGAUAACACAAGAAAGAUAUUGCUAUACAGCUAUUAUGAUCUACCUUGUCACCUGAGAACUUGUUUAUUGUACCUAAGCAUAUACCCUGAAGACCAUGAAAUCUCGAAAUACCUAUUGAUAUGGAAGUGGGUUGCCGAAGGUUUUAUACAUGAUAAGCAAGGUGCGGGGUUAUAUGAGAUAGGUGAGAGAUACUUUAACGAACUUGUUAACAGAAACAUGAUCCAACCUACAGAGGUUGAGCAUCAAGGCAUUGUGACUGGAUGCCGUAUCCAUGACUUAGUCCUUGAUAUGAUAUAUGCCGUGUCAAAGGAAGAGAAUUUUGUUACCCUGUUGGGAAGUAACGAGUCAUUGAAACCUCCACAAAUCAAUGCUCGUCGGUUAGCCAUCCAAUAUAGAGCCGUAGAGCAUGACGACCCACUAAUUAGCAUACCAAUGCAUCAAGUUAGGUCUUUUAGUACAAUCUGCUGUCGUAUCAAUGCAAUACCAUCGCUCUCGAGGUUUCAAGUCUUACGAGUCCUAGCUAUAGAAGGAUGCACCUUCAGGGAGGAUUCUUCUUUUCACCUUGAGAAUCUUGGGAGCUUGCUUCAGCUGAGGUACCUCGCAUUUUCGAAAAAGCUGAGGUACCUCGGGGGGUUGAGCUCUCAUAUUACUGAGCUUCCAAAAGAUAUUGGGAAGUUAAGGUUUUUGCAGAUAUUGGACCUGUGGGAGACCGGCAUACAAGAAUUGCCACGGAGUGUUGGUCUGCUAAGCAGGCUGAAGUGUCUGCGCCUUGGGAAGGAUUUUGAAGGGUUGGAGGAUUGGAUCGGGAACCUAACUUCCUUGGAACAUCUAUGGUUGUAUUGUAUCAUCCCAACCUUUGCGAAAGAGAUAGGCAAGCUGACAGAGCUGAGGGAGCUCAAGAUUGAGUGUACAGAAGCGAGCGAUGAGAAUUUCAUUGAUCUGAUGGUAUCUCUGGGCAAUCUGCAGAAGCUGCAGGUCAUACAAGUAACUAUGUUUUGGUGCGAUUUUCCUGGCAACAGUUGCGAAGACUGGGGCUAUGUGCUCUCUCGGCACCUCCGUGAUCUGCAUCUGCCGGUCAAAUUUUCUAGGCUGCCGGAGUGGAUGAAUCCCUCACACUUCCCGCACCUUGUUCAUUUAUUCGUGGAGCUAUGCCCUGCCUCGAGUAUCUUGAGUAUGUGGUCUGGGAAAGAUUUGACGGUGACUUUGAUAGCAUAA